UCUAUCAAACUUUUCCUCCCUUUAUCUCUCUCAUCUCUUUUUGAUUACAGCAUUCAAUUCAAGGGUAAGAACAUGAGGCCCAAACAUUAAUAAACUGAUCCAUCAAGCCCAUUUCUGCGCGUUAUUGAAUCAGCACACACAGACACAGCGAUGGAGGUUCGAGACGACGGCGAUGCUCAAUCGCGCCAUCAGCAGGAGCAGCAAUCGCCGCCCACAGCCUCCUCCAAGCAACUCCACUCUUCUCCCAAUCAUAUCGAUACCAAUUCCGUUACCCAAAGGUUGCAAAAGGAGCUCAUGGCUCUAAUGAUGACAGGUGGAGAUCUGGGAGUAUCUGCCUUCCCCGAUGGGGAUAGCAUAUUUGCAUGGACUGGCACAAUUGAAGGUGGUAAAGGAACUAUGUAUGAUGGUCUGUCUUACAAACUUUCGCUGCGCUUUCCAGUAGAUUAUCCUUUCAAGCCUCCUCAAGUCAAGUUUGAGACGGCAUGCUUCCAUCCGAAUGUUGAUCAGUUUGGGAAUAUUUGUUUAGAUAUUCUUCAGGACAAGUGGUCUUCAGCAUACGAUUGCAGAACAAUUCUCUUGUCUAUACAAAGUCUACUAGGAGAACCAAAUACUGAGAGCCCUCUCAAUGCUUCUGCUGCUUUACUCUGGAAGAACCAGGAAGAGUACAGAAAAACAGUGCGUAAACAUUACAUGGCUACUGGAGAUUCAUUGGAAAACUGACUAAAAAUGCAGUAAUAAACUUCAUCAAGGAAGAUCAUAAGCUAUCACUGUGGAAAUAUUAGGCUUGGACAGUUAUUUCUUUCAUAGAAAUUUUUUUUAAAUCCUUUUUUUAGUAUAUCAAUGCUCAUCAAAUUGUAAUCAAACCAUGAUUUUAUUUGUGGCAUCUGUAUAAUGUAUGCUUGGAUUUUCAAAUUAGCUUCUGGCGGUUUAACUUUA